AUGACGCCUCCAAGGAGGAAAGUGACGCACAUGAGCGCCGCCGCCGCCGACCAGCAAGCGCCGGUCAAGCUUUCGCCCGGAUCAGCAACACCACCACUCCCACGCGGUCAACCGACGCCAACCAGCACCUCCGCUGACCCGCGCACCCCAGCACAACAAUCGCGCCAUCGCCAUGCAAGGACCACCACCAGGCCUCGCCGCCGAGCCAAACGAGCCUCCCUCCACCAAGAACACCGCGGCCGCCUCGUGGCCCACGCGAACUCCACAGCUGCCAACACAUCAACCACCAUCCCGGGGCCGCCGCCCCGGAGACCAACAUCGCCACGCCAGGCCCAGGGACAAGAGGUCGCUCCACUGCGUUGCAGUCACCGCACCACGCGGAGACAAGACCGCAGCAGGAAACCACCGCUGUCCGCCCGAAUUCGACCACGCCCGGCCAGAUCAGGCAACGGCCAGCCCUCCCGUCGACCCCCAUCGCUCCACCAAGGCCCCGCGCAGCCACACCAAGCGGAGCCAGAGACAAAUCGGGGAGUCGCCAGCGCCGAGAUCCAGAGCUCCAAGCCCUCUCACACCGACCCGCUGCCAUGGGGGAGACCGGAGCGUCACCAGGCCCAGCCCCCGCGCCGCCCCCGCGGCCACAGCGGCCGCCCGUCCGCCGCCACGAAGCCGGGGCCGCCGCCCAAGAUCCAGCACUCCGACCGCGCCAUCACGGGCCGGGAGAGCCCCGCCGUCGCCGUCCGCUGCGCGGGCUUAGCCCGGCCGCGUCAUUCGGUGGCGGCGAGGGGGUGGAGGAGAGGAGGGGUGGUGGGUUGCGGCGGCGGGGUUGGUCUCCACCCGAGCCGCCCCGGGAGGCGACGCGGGGGACGGGAGGGUAUGUCAAAGGUCCCCAGUUUUAACGGAACUUUUAUCUUCCAAAUAUGA